CCAUUUUGACUCGGCGAGGUUAGUGCGCCACGGGGUUUGGCUGAGAUCGGAUACAUUGUGCUUACGGAAUACAUCUAUUGGAGUUACUGGGAUUUAUUUUACUUUUAGAAAACAACGGGAGAUUGCAAAUAUUCACGUUAUCUGGAUCUUUUUGCAGAGGUGAACGUGUCUCUGCAGCGAUGGCUUCGAACAACGGGAACGGGGUGAAACGAGAAGAAAAAGGGAGGAAUAUUCAAGUGGUGGUCAGAUGCAGGCCGUUUAACACAGUAGAGCGUAAGUCCUCGCACAGUGUGAUCGACUGUGACCAGAACAGACGAGAGGUGGUGGUGAGGACAGGAGGCCCCAAUGACAAAGCGUCCAGGAAAACCUACACCUUUGACAUGGUUUUUGCUCCAGCAGCCAAACAGAUCGAUGUGUACCGCAGUGUGGUCUGCCCCAUCCUGGACGAGGUCAUUAUGGGUUAUAACUGCACUGUGUUUGCAUAUGGUCAGACAGGUACAGGAAAGACCUUCACUAUGGAGGGGGAUCGGAGCCCUGAUGGACAGUUUACCUGGGAAGAGGAUCCUUUGGCCGGCAUCAUCCCCAGAACGCUGCACCAGAUCUUUGAGAAGCUCUCAGAGAACGGCACAGAGUUUUCAGUGAAAGUUUCUCUGCUGGAGAUUUACAACGAAGAGCUGUUUGACCUGCUCAGCCCCGGAGAUGACGUGAACGAGAGACUACAGCUCUUUGACGACCCACGCAACAAGCGCGGCGUGGUGGUCAAGGGUCUGGAGGAGAUCACGGUUCACAAUAAAGAUGAGGUUUAUCACAUUCUGGAGAGAGGAGCAGCCAAGAGGAAGACUGCCUCCACACUCAUGAACGCAUACUCCAGUCGUUCCCAUUCAGUGUUUUCUGUCACCAUCCACAUGAAGGAGAUCACGUUAGAUGGAGAGGAACUGGUGAAGAUUGGCAAACUCAAUCUGGUGGAUCUGGCCGGCAGUGAGAAUAUUGGGCGUUCUGGAGCAGUGGACAAACGUGCUCGAGAGGCUGGAAACAUAAACCAGUCUCUGCUCACUCUGGGCAGAGUCAUCACUGCUCUGGUGGAGAAGAGGCCGCACAUUCCAUACAGAGAGUCUAAACUGACCAGGAUUCUACAAGAUUCUCUGGGAGGUCGAACAAAGACCUCCAUCAUUGCCACUGUCUCUCCCUCUUCAAGCAACCUGGAGGAAACUCUGAGCACACUGGAGUACGCCAGCAGAGCCAAGAACAUCAUGAACAAACCUGAGGUCAACCAGAAACUCACCAAGAGGACUCUCAUCAAGGAGUACACAGAGGAGAUCGAGAGGCUGAAGAGAGACCUGGCAGCCACUCGGGACAAGAACGGGGUUUACCUGUCCUCUGAGAACUACGAGAGCAUGUUGGGUCAGAUCAGCUCUCACGAGGAGCAGAUCACAGAGUACACGGACAAGAUCGCCGCCAUGGAGGAGGAGAUCAAGAAGAUCACAGAGCUGUUUGUGGACAGUAAAACCAGACUGGAGCAGUGCACAGUGGACCUGGAUGAGAAGCAGCAGAGGCUGGAGGAGACGAGCAGACACCUGGAGCAGACCAAAGAGAAGCUGUCUAAGGAGGAGUUUGUGUGUUCGGAGCUCACUGUGGCUCACGAGUCCCUCUACAACACGGCCGGACAGUUGCUAAACACUGUUGACGCCAGCACCAGUGAUGUCUCAGGGCUGCACGACAAACUGGACCGGAAGAAAAAGGUGGAGCAGCACAACCAGCAGAUCCAGCAGAGUUUUGCCAAGAGGAUGGAGGGCGCCUUCAGCCAGCUCCAGCAGAGUGUGCAGCAGCAGGGCUCUAAGCACCAGGACAUGCUCAGCAGCUACUCCCAGGCCAUCGACGGUGUGGUGCAGAUGAAUGAGGCAGCUCUCCACAGCUCUCUGUCCACAGUGGAGAAGUUUGUGAGUGGAGUGGGCUCUGCGGUGUCUGAGGGAGUGAACCGCUGCAGAGACAGACUGAAGGAGCAGGAGAGUCUGAGCGCACGAGACAGGGACGGCCUCCUGCAGCUGCUGGAGGAGCAUCAGCAGGACAUGGAGGAGGCCCUGGUCACACGCUCGCUGUUGAGUCUGGGUGCUGUGAAGGAGCUGGGAGACACUCUGCGGAAAACUGUGGAGGCACAGAGGGCUCUGGCCGACAAGGUGGAAGCCAUGAAGGAGAUGGGCGUGUUCUUCAGCGCUCUGGUUGGAGACCUGUCAAAGCUGAGGGAGAGCACAGUGCAGGGUCUGAGCAGUCUGCAAGAGGACCACCAUAAACUGGAGCAGAAGAUCGCACAGGCCCAGGAGCGGCACCAGACGAGUAUGAGACAGACCAUCCAGUGCCUGCAGGACCAGCUGAACCUCCUGAGUCUGGAGACGGAGAAGGACCUGAGCCAGCUCUGCUCUGCCUCCAGAGAUCUGCACAAACCUCUGCAGAGUCUACAAGACAACGUCAACAGUGGAUGCAGGUCAGCGGAGCAGCAGGUGAGCUCCCAGGCAGAGCUCCUCUCCUCCACCUCCUCCUCUUUGGCCUCCUCGCUCAGACACAACGCAGACGAGAAGCACCACACGCUGGAGGAGAUGAUGGCCAGCUGCGCCCAUAUCCACACCUCCGUCUCAGGUCUGGUCGAGAGGGACCUCCUAUGGUCCUCCAAAACAAAGGAACACGCUGAGAGUAAAGCCCAGGAACAGCUCACUCUUGUGGGCAAUGUUUCUACAGAAGUCCUGAGUCUACAGCAGACCGUGGAGAGCCUGUGUUCAGACCUGCGUGGUUCCACAGCAGACCAGCUCUCCGCUCACACGCAGCAGGUGAACAGCUCUCUUCAGACCCUCCAGAAGCAGACAUCCCAGGACCAUGAGGCCGUGGGGCUGCAGCAGACGGAGCUCCUCCAGAGCGUGGAGACCAGUGAGAGGCUGGUCAGGGGCUUCCUACAGGAGGAGCUGCAGCAAGACGUCCCCACGGGUUCCACUCCCCAGCGGCGGGACUUCGUUUACCCUCGUCAGCUGGUGAAGGGGCGGAGUCGCUCUGAGCUGCUGGAGAGUCUGAGGAGGGAGCAGGAGGCGCUGAAGAUCGCUCUGGAGGAGGAGGAAGAGGAAGAAGAGGAGGAAGAGACUCAGGUCGACCAGGACUCUCUGGAGGAUGAGCCCAGCACGUGUAAUGAAAGCCUGGCCACUGAGCCGUCCUUCAUCGAUGAGAACCUCGUCUUCAAUGAGAGCAAACGGGUCCCAUUCUUUAAGAAAAAGAAAGGCAGUCGAAAAGAGUCAAAGAUCCCCUCCCGGCCCAAAGCAGCAGAGAGCGAGUCCUACACCACUCCACAAAAGUCCAGACUACCACUGCGCUCUCAGAACUAACUUUCCCUCCAGGGAUUUUAAAGUGUUUUUUCCAUGUUUAGUUUUGUGUCUUUAAAUAUUUGUAUGAAUGUUAGAAUGCCGAUGAGCUGCCAUCUGUUUUAAAACUGUAACUGUUUGUCCUUUUUAAAAUUAAGAGUUUUAUACUUAAAGGUGAAUAAAUAUGUGCUUAUCCUGUC